CAAAGCUAACUACACACGUGUUCCGAUCCCGAUUAACAUAUUUCUUUUUGGUUUUGAUUUUGCAAUGGCAUCCGUGCGUCCAUCUCUUUUUUUUGAGGAUGAAGAAAAGAAGGAGAAGAAGUUUGAAAGAGCGUUUUCCACUCGCUAUACUACGACCAUGGGGAUUGCAUUUGGGAGGCAAACUACCAAAUUCGAUAUUCCGAUUCACGACAAUCGAACCCUUUUGGACCGCAAUGUAAAACGUCACGGUGACGACAAGAAGUAUAUAGGAGAAUUUGAUGACACAAACGAUGCACGAUUUUUCACCUACAAACCGUUGUACGACGAUCGUGAUGUCCGUCCCAAAGACCCCAGCUUUUCUAAAUUUAAGGUUCCCACUGAAGUAAGCUGUAAGGAACGAAUGAAAAGGGAUACUAUCAGGUAUAAUCGUCAGCUCAAUAAUGAAAUCUCAAAGCUAAUCGAUUACCAAAGCACCGCCUUGGAAGCAGCAUAUUUUGUCAAAAUGAUGUCGUACACAACCCUGUGGCCACCUUAUCAUAGUAAUCUGGAAAUAGCCAAUACAAGUCGCAAUUUUUAUAGGCUGUCGAAAAGAGAACAGAACCGCUAUGACUUUAUAAUGUCACAUGAUUUUUGCUAAGAACCGCGAUCAUCGUACUUGAUAGAAUAAUUUUAUACUCCAUCUAUAAUUUUAUGUUCUAUCAGGUAUGAUAAUGUGGAUAUACA